AUGGAGAACGCACACAUCAAAGAGACAGCGGACGUUCUGUCCUACUACGGCGUCACUGAAGACACCGGUCUGUCGCCUGAGCAGGUCAAGAAGAACCUGGACAAGUAUGGCUUCAACGAGCUGCCGGCGGAGGAGGGAAAGAGUAUCUGGGAGUUGGUGGUGGAACAGUUUGAGGACCUGUUGGUCAGAAUCUUACUGCUGGCCGCCUGCAUCUCUUUUGUACUGGCUUGGUUUGAGGAAGGCGAGGAGACUGUCACUGCCUUUGUUGAGCCCUUCGUCAUCCUCCUCAUCCUCAUCGCAAAUGCUGUAGUAGGAGUGUGGCAGGAGCGCAACGCAGAGAGCGCCAUUGAGGCUCUGAAGGAGUACGAGCCUGAGAUGGGGAAAGUGUACCGGGCAGACAGGAAGAGCGUGCAGAGAAUCAAGGCCAGGGAGAUUGUUCCCGGUGACGUGGUGGAGGUUUCUGUCGGUGACAAAGUGCCAGCCGAUAUCAGGAUCAUCUCCAUCAAAUCUACAACCCUGCGUGUGGACCAGUCCAUUCUUACUGGUGAGUCUGUCAGUGUGAUCAAGCACACUGAUUCCGUCCCAGACCCCCGAGCUGUCAACCAGGACAAAAAGAACAUGCUGUUCUCUGGCACCAAUAUCGCUGCUGGAAAAGCCAUUGGUAUUGUCGUGGCAACUGGUGUCUCCACUGAGAUCGGUAAGAUUCGUGACCAAAUGGCUGCCACUGAGCAGGAGAGGACCCCUCUGCAGCAGAAACUGGACGAGUUUGGAGAGCAGCUCUCUAAGGUCAUCUCCCUCAUUUGUGUGGCCGUCUGGAUAAUUAACAUUGGCCAUUUCAAUGACCCCGUCCAUGGAGGGUCCUGGAUCCGCGGUGCUAUCUACUAUUUCAAGAUUGCUGUGGCUCUGGCUGUGGCUGCCAUUCCUGAAGGCCUGCCCGCUGUAAUCACCACCUGCCUGGCUCUGGGAACACGCCGCAUGGCAAAGAAGAACGCCAUCGUCAGAAGCCUGCCCUCUGUGGAGACCCUGGGCUGCACCUCAGUCAUCUGCUCCGACAAGACUGGUACCCUCACCACCAACCAGAUGUGUGUAACUAAGAUGUUCAUCAUCGAUAAAGUUGAGGGUGACAGUGUUUCCCUUGGUCAGUUCGACAUCUCUGGCUCAAAGUACACCCCUGAGGGAGAAGUUACAAAGAAUAGCAUGUCUGUGAAGUGCGGACAGUAUGACGGACUGGUUGAGCUGGCCACCAUCUGCGCUCUGUGCAAUGACUCUUCUCUGGACUAUAACGAGUCCAAGGGUAUUUAUGAGAAAGUGGGUGAAGCCACUGAAACAGCCCUGUCCUGUUUGGUGGAGAAGAUGAACGUGUUCAACACUGAAGUGCGUGGACUGUCCAAGGUGGAAAGGGCAAAUGCGUGCUGUGCGGUAAUCAAGCAGCUGAUGAGGAAGGAGUUCACCCUGGAGUUCUCCAGAGACAGGAAGUCCAUGUCAGUCUACUGCUCUCCUGCCAAAUCCGGCAAAGCCCCUGUGGGAAACAAGAUGUUUGUCAAAGGUGCUCCAGAGGGUGUCAUUGACCGCUGUGCUUAUGUCCGCGUGGGCACCACCCGUGUACCCCUGACUGGCCCAGUCAAAGACCACAUCAUGUCUGUCAUCAAGGAGUGGGGCACGGGGCGUGACACUCUCCGCUGUUUGGCACUGGCUACCCGUGAUACACCUCUGAGGAAGGAGGAAAUGAACCUGGAGGACUCGACCAAGUUUGGAGACUAUGAGACUGACUUGACCUUUGUGGGCUGUGUCGGCAUGCUCGACCCUCCUCGUAAGGAAGUUAUGAGCUCCAUCGAGCUGUGCAAGGCCGCUGGCAUCCGUGUCAUCAUGAUUACUGGUGACAAUAAGGGCACAGCUGUGGCCAUCUGCCGACGUAUCGGCAUCUUCAGGGAGGAUGAGGAUGUCACUGGCAAGGCCUUCACUGGUCGUGAGUUUGAUGACCUCACUCCAUACGAUCAGAAGACCGCUGUUCGAAAGGCUUGCUGCUUUGCCAGAGUAGAACCGUCCCAUAAGUCUAAGAUUGUUGAGUUCCUGCAAGGCUUUGAUGAGAUUACUGCCAUGACCGGUGAUGGCGUGAACGAUGCCCCUGCCUUGAAGAAGGCAGAGAUUGGCAUCGCCAUGGGCUCUGGCACUGCCGUUGCCAAGUCUGCCUCUGAGAUGGUCCUGGCUGACGACAACUUCUCUUCCAUUGUGUCUGCUGUUGAGGAGGGCAGAGCCAUUUACAACAACAUGAAACAGUUUAUCCGCUACCUCAUCUCCUCCAACGUAGGCGAAGUUGUCUGUAUCUUCCUGACCGCAGCCCUGGGUCUGCCCGAGGCUCUGAUCCCUGUCCAGCUGCUGUGGGUCAACCUCGUGACUGAUGGUCUGCCUGCCACCGCACUGGGCUUCAACCCCCCUGACCUGGACAUCAUGGGCAAAGCCCCCCGCUCCCCCAAGGAGCCCCUCAUCUCUGGCUGGCUCUUCUUUAGAUAUCUUGCCAUUGGAGGUUAUGUUGGUGCCGCAACUGUUGCAGCAGCUGCCUGGUGGUUCCUGUACAGUGACGAUGGCCCAAUGAUCACUUUCCACCAACUGUCACACUUCAUGCAGUGCAGCGAGGAGAACGAGGACUUUGCCGGGGUCUACUGCGAGGUGUUCGAGUCUGCUCCUCCAAUGACCAUGGCUCUGUCUGUGCUGGUCACCAUCGAGAUGUGCAAUGCUCUGAACAGCUUGUCUGAGAACCAAUCCCUGGUGCGCAUGCCCCCCUGGAGCAACGGCUGGCUGGUGGCUGCCAUGAGCCUCUCCAUGUCACUUCACUUCAUGAUCAUCUACGUCGACCCCCUGCCCAUGAUCUUCAAGCUCACUCACUUGAACGUGGAGCAGUGGAUGAUGGUGCUGAAGCUCUCCUUCCCGGUCAUCCUCCUCGAUGAGCUUCUCAAGUUUGUGGCUCGCACAUAUCUGGAUGGUAACUUUUGUUUCCUCAUCCAGGGAAAGUCUAGAGGCAAAGUGCAACAAAGAGUGUGUGAAGCAGAGAGAGCGCAGAGACACAGAUGGAGAGAAAAGGCUGUGCGCUCCCACUGAAAAGCCGGCCUGCCAACAGUCACUUGAUGUGAUCAAAACAUCAAGUGGCAUGAACACAAC